GAAUUCUCGUCAAUCUCAUCAAUAAAAGCCUUGCUCAGAUCUUCGAAUGUUUAAUGUUCAGGAACUACUUUCGCUCCGAGCCAGAACCUAUUUCCUCGGCGCCAGUUGACCUUGCGGGGGACGUCAAUCCGUUGGUUUUUUUUGGUACAUCUCUCAUAAUCGAGCAUUGGGGAUCGUCAACUGUCUGCUUCCGGGGCAGUUCUCUAUAAAGGACGCAGUCGAAGUUCUGAUUAUUCGGCAUCAUCUGUCCCUGCACCUCUGGUUGCGUUAUCCAUGCUGGUGCUUGACGUGUUUUCUCACGUGAUGGGAAUGAUCACUGCUGUGUAGACGAUGAUUGCGGAAUCUAUCAUGACUAGCAAUCAAGAGGAUCGUCGAAAUCCACUUUCUUCGAGAAACCUUUAAAUCCAUAAAGAUUCGAGAAUGGCAAAACCACUGCAGAACGGGGCCUUGAACUCUUCUGAUGUGGAGACAGGGGGGGAGGGCUCCAGUGCGACUUCUAAGUGCAGUUACUCCGCUUCUCCAGAAAAUAACCUCACAUACAACGUCGUCGUCAGUAAUUUGACGUACAAGGUUGAAACGAAGGUUGAAAAGAAAGUGAAAGAAAAGAUACUGCUCAACAAUGUGACAGCGCGCGCCAAUCACAGCGAAGUUCUCGCUAUUGCAGGGCCAUCGGGCUCGUCCAAAACCACGUUUCUGGAUGCACUGGCUGGGAGGAUUGAACGAAAGAGCCUCAAGGGCAACAUUCUCGUUAAUGGGAAACCUAUGGGUUCGUCUUUCAAGCGAAUCUCUGGUUACGUCAUGCAGGACGACAACCUCUUUCCACUUUUAACCACUCGAGAGACGCUCAUGUUUAGUGCCCGACUUCGACUAUCAAACAGCAUGCCUAUGAGUGAAAAAGCACAGCGUGUGAAUUCUCUCAUUCAGCAGUUGGGCCUUGCAGAAUGUGCUGACACCAGAGUAGGAGAUGAAAAGAUACGGGGAGUUUCAGGGGGAGAGAGAAGACGUGUCUCCAUUGGUGUGGACUUGAUACACGACCCUGCUGUACUCUUCCUAGAUGAACCUACGUCUGGGCUUGACAGCACCUCCGCCCUCCACGUGAUGCAGAUCUUGUCGCACAUGGCUGUCACCCGGCAGCGAACUGUGGUGCUUACAAUCCAUCAACCCAGUUACCGGAUUCUUGAGACCACCAACAGGUUCCUUGUGAUGGCGAAGGGCAAUGUGAUUUUUCACGGUGAAAUUCAUGGAAUUAUUAAGCACUUCCAUGGUCUUGGCCACCCUUUGCCGGAACAUAUGAACGGUGUAGAGUUUGCAUUGGAUCUUAUUGAGGAGUACCAAGAACAACCUGACGGUCUUCAGCAACUGGUCGAGAGUUAUCAAAAAUCCCAUUACGCUAAAGAAGAGCAGUUGCUCAUAGCUGCAAAUACUGACGCUGAAUCGAUUGCUGUGGAACCACACAAACCUUCGUUUGCAACUUCAUUCUUCUCACAAUCACUUGUGCUAGGACACCGGAAUAUGAUCAACAUCUUGCGUACGCCCGAGUUGUUCUUCUCUCGCGUAGGCCUGAUGGUGGUCGUUGGUCUAACAUUAGGAACACUCUUCCUUCGAGCCGGGAUAAGCGCCAAGGGGGUGGAUCAACGUCAAGGAUUCUUUGGAUUUUUGCUGGCCCUCUUUAUUUUCACAUCCACUGAAGCACUACCUGUUUUCCUUAACGAGCGUCAGAUCUUCAUUCGGGAGACGUCUAGGGGAGCGUACCGAGUUUCAGCAUACGUGUUGUCUCAAGCGUUGGUCAUUCUGCCUUUCUUGUUCGUUCUGGCGAUGAUAUUCUCCUGCGUAUCCUAUUUUAUGGUUGGCUUGGCCAAAGACGCAGGCGCCUUCUUCUCCUUCGUCUUCAUUCUUUUUCUCACUUUGGCAGUGGCCAACGCUUUCGUGGCGUUUAUGGCUAGUUUUGUUCCUGAUAUGACGGCAGGCAAUGCGCUGUCAUCUGCCCUAUUCGCGUACUUUUUUCUCUUCUCUGGGUUCUUCAUUCCAAGAUCUGGGAUUCCUGAUUACUGGAUCUGGGUUCAUUAUCUGUCAAUUUUCAAAUACCCGUAUGAAGCACUGCUGGAGAUUGAGUUUGGGCAUUUGAAGGGUGCCAUCUGGUACAACAACUUGGACUCGAACAGCAUCAAGUCUCUACUCUCUGUGGGCAAGGUGCAUCUGUGGAUCAAUGUGAUUGCCAUGAUUUUGUUUGUCGUUGGUUACCGCGUGCUGUUCUAUAUUGCAUUGAGAUUCAAGACCAAGAACAUUCGAAGCUAAAGACUUCUCUGUAGUCGAAUCACUGUAGGUAUCAGGUUUCAUUCCGUAGUUGAGACUACCAGGCUUAUGAACACAAGUAGACAGUUGAGGUUAAGCGAUGGAAAAGAUGCGGAAAUAUUAUCACUUCAAAGAGGAUUUCUUUGAGAUCAACAAAUUAGGAAGGAUUGUAGCAACAUUAAAUGAAUCAUAGUACUCUUCAGCUUAAAAUGUGCCUUACCUGUGAUACUUAUCCAGCACCUCAGCUGGAGUAUUGAUUAAAAUAUACCAAUUUUCCUUGCGUAGA